AUGUGGGGCAGUCAACCCGGACGAUCAACACCAGUGCACGCCAAAGUGUGGGUUGUGCGGGGGCCCACACCCUACGGCGGACAAAACGUGCAAGGAGAGAUUCCAGAUCCCGUACGUCGUCAGAAGGAGACGAUGGAAGAGAGGGACGGUGGAAGCUUGAGAAAUGGGGUUUCGCCACCACCACAGAGCAGCGAGAUCAAAAAUAAGUUGCAGCAAGCUCCACCGCAAGAGCAUAGGGAGCGCUCCCGAUCCAGGGUACGCUCUAGCUCCAGAGGGCGCUCUUGUUCCAGAACCAGGAGCAGAUCUCGCUCCAGGGGUCGCUCCGGAUCCCAGUGCCGAGGCAGUCAAGUCCGGUUCAAGUCCCGCUCGAGGUCCUGCUCCAGGGAUCGCCGACCCGAGUACCACCCAACCUGGGCCGACCGAGUUCGAGGAACGCCUGAAAAGGUAACGCGGGGCUUACCGCCAGAGCAUGAUAGAGGUAACAACAGGCUAGCACAACUUGAGCGCGAAAACGAGAUGAUGAAGAACACAAUAGCUCGACUCGUGACAGAAAUUUCCGAGAUUAAGAGGGGCAGUAAUAGGCGACCGGCCAUGGCUGACAAGCAGCCGGCUACUCCCCAGCCAAUGGAAGUCCCCAUGGUUGAGACGAGCGAUACGGAGAGGCCAGCUAAAAAGAGGGCAAUCACUAAUGAGCCAGAAAGAGCAUCAGGUAGGGCCAAAUCUGAGAUUCGCGAGAUGCUCUCCGCUCUCAGUGACAGCAUUAAAGAGAUAAAUGAGAAGUUCUCGCUCUUCCAAAGCAACAUGGCUUCCAUGGAGGAGCGCACUAAUCAGCGCAUCAGCAAAAUUGCAUCCUUCUUGGAAAACGUGGUAGCACCUGUGAUGGUACCUAAAGCUCCUACGCCCCCAACAACAGCAUCGACUAGUAACAGCACGGGGGCGAUCGGGCCUCCGAAGGUUAGCACAGCAGCUCCAAAGCAAUACGAUGGCCACUCAAACUAG